CCCCGGCGCGCCGGGGGACAUGGAACACCUGGCCCCGCACCACCUCCACCCGGGCCACGCCGAGCCCAUCAGUUUCGGCAUUGAUCAGAUUCUCAACAGCCCGGACCAGGGCAGCUGCAUGGUGUCCGCCUCGCGCCUGCAGGACGCAGACUAUGGGCUCGGCUGCAUAGUUAGCAGCGCCUACAACACCAUGACCGGGAGUUACGGGGGAGCCGGCGGCGGCAGCGGCGGCGGCGGCGGCGGCGCGGGGGGCUACGGAGGCGGCGGCGGCGGCGGCGCGGGGGGCUACGGAGGCGGCGGCGGCGGCAGUGCCUGCAGUAUGGCCUCGCUGGCCGGCUCCUACAAUAUGAACAUGGCCAUGGGCACCGGGGGCGGCGGGAGCGGUGGCGCUCUCAGCUCCGCCGGGGUGAUUCGGGUGCCUGCCCACAGGCCUCUGGCCGGAGCCGUUCCUCACCACCAGCCCCUCGCCACCGGCAUGCCCACCGUACCCGCCGUACCCAGUGUCAACAACCUCACGGGACUCACUUUCCCCUGGAUGGAGAGUAACCGGCGAUACACAAAGGACAGGUUCACAGGUCACCCCUACCAGAACCGGACGCCCCCGAAGAAGAAGAAACCGCGCACAUCCUUCACACGUCUUCAGAUCUGCGAGCUGGAGAAGCGCUUUCAUCGCCAAAAGUACCUGGCGUCGGCCGAGCGCGCGGCCCUGGCCAAGGCGCUCAAAAUGACCGACGCGCAGGUCAAAACCUGGUUCCAGAAUCGGAGAACGAAAUGGAGGCGGCAGACCGCGGAGGAGCGGGAGGCGGAGAGGCAGCAGGCUAACCGCAUCCUUAUGCAGCUGCAGCAGGAGGCCUUCCAGAAGAGCUUGGCUCAGCCGCUACAGGCUGACCCUCUCUGCGUACACAAUUCAUCACUCUUCGCCCUGCAGAACCUGCAGCCCUGGUCCGACGACACUGCUAAGAUCACCAGCGUCACGUCAGUGGCCUCAGCCUGCGAGUGACCCCCCCUCCUGCCGGGGCCCACCCCGCUCGGUUUCGCUGUCCCCUCCCCCGUCUCUCAGAUCCUUAGCCCUUUCAGGACCCCCGCCAGAGAAGUGGGAGCCCAGACUUUGGGGUUGCGAGCGAGAGGAGCGACCUCCCCACCCCGAGUACUCGCAUUGCACCCCGCAUUCAGCCUCGCGAGACGGCCCGAAGUCGGGAGCUCUGCCUGGAAAGGGGUAGGGGAGGUUACCGAGGGCUUUGCACAGAGGAAAGAGUGAGGACCCUUCCCCCUGCCCCAGCCCCUUUCACGGACCACGAGCCAGUUCUCCCUGCCCCUCUCCACCUCAGUAACCGGACACAAAGUGAAACUCGUAGAAAGCCAGCCAGCUACCUGCCUCUGCUCUCCGAGGUCCGGUACCAUUAUCGUCCAGUCCGGGUGAGCAACCCCACCCCAAUCCCCGGCUUUAUUUUCAGUGGAAAAGAAGAAAUUGGAAAUAGAAUAGGGACUUCGAUCAGAAGGGACCUGGGGACCUAACUGGAGCCUCUAGUCCCUGGCAGCUUACCCUCCCUGACCCUCGGUUCAGCUGGUACUUUUCAGAUUCUGCUCAAUUUCCGUUUAUUUUAUUUUAUUUUAAAAUUUGGGAAUCUAGAGGGAGGCCGAGGAAGUGGAGGGGGAGAGAGGAAAAUUAGAGCUUCUAGGAUCGAGAGCGUUCUGAAGGUCCCCCAAGGAGCCGGUUGAUCCCCUGUCGAUUCAGCCCUACUGAAACCCAGAAACACUUUCACAGUCACUCGUGGACAACCACGCCACACACAGCAGCUGCGUAGUCACCCACAGCCACGAAGUUUCAUAAUGCACUUGGGUGCCCACAGUAUCACUGACAGCAGCACACAACGAUCGAAAUGGCAGCGGUCCCACAGCUUUACGCAGAUCCCAGUGACACUCAGCAAUGCCCACAAUUCCUGUUUGCUCCCAUCUCUCGCACUCAUACAAUUCCGAACAAUCAGUAACAGGCAAGCACAAUUCUACACAUCCCCCCAACAAAUACAGUCCCACACAGUGUCCCUCGAGCACAGUGUCCGCGCAAUCUCGAGCAAUCAACAGUUGCAUACAGAUUGUAAAGGACAGUCACACAUGGAGCCUGUUUGGGGAGGCUAGCUUUGCAUCCAUCUUUGGGGGGGGUUAAGUUAUGCACUUAUAAGGUGUUUUCCCUGUAACCAUUUUAUAAAGUGCUUGUGUAAUUUAUGUGGAAAAUAUGAAUAAAAUCGUCCGGAUCCGGAA